CAACGGCUACAAACGGCUAAAUAACGGCUGAGUUGGUUUAAAAAUGUUGCUUAGCUACGUAGCUAAACACACGCGGCUAAAUGUCUGUGUUUGCUAUGCUAACGCUAGCCUUAGUCUGUCUGUUUGGCACGGCUCUCUCUCUCAGUCGGGUUAUUGUGAUGCUAACGUAGCAAGACAAGCUAAACCAGGUCAUACUGGGUGCUGCUGAGCGAGCAUGUUCUACACCAACUAGGCUGGUUUGAUCCUCAACGGUCAGGCAUGUAUCUGUGGCCAUGGAGCGGUAGCACCGGUCCAUUCCUCCCUCUUUUUGGGCUUGGUGGUUCGGUGACCUUCUACCCAUGAGCAACUAGAGCUCAACCUCUGACCUUGGCGUGAUCUCUCACCUCUUCUACCAAACCACGCCCACAGGUGAAGUGUGUAUGGAGCAGUGUGAGAGCGCAGCGGCUCUGCUGGAGUCGGUCAGGGAGCAGGAGGUGCAGUUUGAACAGCUGACCCGGGCGCUGGAGGAGGAGAGGAGGAGAGUGGGCCUCCCCGCCACCAGCCCCUCGGCCCUGGGUCGCCCCCUCCCUCACACACAGAACGGGCGUUUAGGGGAUGCAGACAUAGAACGACUGAAACUGACUGACUCAUACUUAAACGGCACACAGUACAGAAUGGUGGACCCUGCGCACGGCGCUCUAGAUGAGAGCUACACGCCGGAGGACGACUCCCAGGAAGUGCACUCAGUCUUUUCUGAAGAGGGAACCGCACGGCGGCCAGACAAUGGCAUGAAGAAACCAAUCUCGCGCACAGUCCUGCCCUCUGACUCCAUGUCCAUUGACGGGGGCUUGUCGGUGUCCGGCAUGGUCAUGGGCGGCUACAGCGCCACACUUGACCGUCCUUACAGGCAGCCCGUACCAGCAGACUACCCCACGGCCACAGUGCCCAGGAACUACCACUAUGCCCCUGUAGUGGGUUAUGAGGACUACCGGGGAGGCCCACCGUCAGAGGCAUACACUAGCCUGAGCAGGGGCUCGCACAUGGACGAACGCUACAGGCCAGUUGACGGCUACCGGACCCUGGACUCUGGCUACCGGGCCCCAAGCCGCCAGCAGCUUGACCCGUAUGCAGCACAGCCCCAGGUGAGUCGGGGAAUGAGGGCCCUGGGCUCAGCGUUGGAGGUGCGGUACGGCCACAGCCCCAGCCCCUAUGGUAUGGAGGAUGACCAGCGCAGUGUGGGAUAUGAUGACUAUGGCAUGGGGCCUCCACCCAUGCACCCUGGAGGCUACGGCACCAUGCCACGCCUAGGGCCCGGCCCCGCGGGUAUGGACAGACGAAGACUGAGGAGCUGUGAGGAUACUUUGGAUGGUGACAUGGGAGGAGUAGACCCUUACGCCUGGGGCAUGACCGUGCCAAUGGAGAGGGGGAGCAUGGCUUCGCUGGACAGCACACUGAGGAAGGCUCCUCCUGGUUCAUGGAGACAGCCAGAGCUGCCGGAGGUCAUCGCCAUGUUGAACUACCGUCUGGACCCCGUCAAGACCAACGCUGCCGCAUUCCUCCAGCAUCUCACAUUCAAAAAUGAUAAGGUCAAGUCGGAGGUGCGUCGCCUGAAGGGCAUCCCAUCCUUGGUGUCACUGCUGGACCAUCCCAGCAAGGACGUACACCACUCGGCCUGUGGAGCACUAAAGAACAUUUCAUACGGGCGAGACCAAGAGAACAAGAUCGCCAUCAAGAACUGCGAUGGCGUGCCCGCUCUGACCAGGUUACUGAGAAAAACCCACGACCAGGACCUCACUGACACUAUCACAGGCACCUUGUGGAACCUCUCAUCCCACGACUCAGUAAAGAUGGAGAUUGUGGACCACGCCCUGCACGCCCUUGCCGACGAAGUGGUCGUUCCUCACUCCGGCUGGGAGCGAGGGAGAGACGAAGGAGAGGAAAGCUGCAAACCACGCCAUCUGGAGUGGGAGACCGCCUUGACCAACACAGCUGGCUGCCUUAGGAAUGUGAGCUCAGAGCGCAGCGAGGCCAGGCGAAAGCUGCGAGAAUGCACAGGAUUGGUGGAUUCACUCAUGUACAUUGUCCAAUCACAGAUCAACCGCAAAGAUGUGGAUAAUAAGUUGGUGGAGAACUGCGUCUGCCUCCUGAGGAAUCUGUCCUAUCACGUUCACGAUGAAGUCCCCGGCAGCACCCGCUACAAAGAGGCCGCGCCCCUCAACCAGGGGCCCGCCCCCGCUAACAAAGGCGGCUGCUUUGGCUCUCGAAAGGGCAAAGAUGAGUGGUUUUCAAAAGGAAAGAAGGAUGGAGAUGAUGGGAGCGGAGAUCAAGUCGACAUUCCAAAGAGGACAACACCUGCCAAAGGUUACGAGCUGUUGUUCCAACCAGAGGUGGUUCGUGUUUACACAUCGCUGCUCAGAGAGAGCAAGAACCCCUCGGUGCUUGAGGCCGCUGCCGGUGCCAUCCAGAACCUGUGUGCCGGACGAUGGACUUAUGGUCGGUACAUCAGGGCCACUGUGCGUCUGGAGAAGGGUCUUCCCAUGAUGGCGGAGCUACUGGCUCAUGGCAAUGACCGUGUGGUUCGAGCAAUGUCCGGAGCCUUGAGGAACCUCUCCAUCGACAACCGUAACUGCCAACUGCUCGGUUUGCAUGCAGUGCCUCACCUUGUGGCCAACCUGCCUGGAGGCCAGAGUCAGUCUGGGCGUACUCUAUCAGAGGAGACGGUGGUGUCUGUACUGAGCACGCUCACUGAGGUGCUAGGCAACAGUGUGGAGGCAGCAAAGACGCUCCGAGCCUCGCAGGGCAUCGAGAGGCUGGUGCUCAUCAACAAGGACGGCAAGCGCUCAGAGCGUGAGGUUCGGGGGGCCGGCCAGGUACUGCAGCUCGUCUGGGCCCACAAAGAGCUGCGCAAGCCUCUUGAGAAAGACGGCUGGAAGAAGACGGACUUCAUGGUCAACCUCAACACCACCAACGGCCCGAGCACCCGAGCCAACGGAACCUAUGAAGACAGCACCACGCCACUGCUAGACAGAGGGGAAAAGAGAGACAUGAUUCCACUAAAUGACCUCGGCCCUGAGGCCUACUCUACACUGGACCAGAGGGAGAGGAGACACACUCUGGAUGAAACCACAGACACUUUACCGCGAGGGGUGUAUGGGGGCAGAAAGGGCUCCUUGCCCCUGUUGGACUCCUACGAUGAAAAACUGAUAGUGUGCAUCACCCAGACUGGGCCGUCCCUGCCCUACCACUGCUACUGAGGAGAGAAGAUCCAGAUGCACAGACUCUCUCCCUCUCGUCUCCCCCCUCCUCCUCCUCCUCCUCUCCUCUCUUUCUCUCUAUCACCACACAGAUGGGAUUAGAAGAUGAGGGUUGGCAUCCAAAGAAAGAGGCCGCGUUGCAGGCAAAACGUUUCACACACACGUACAGAUACAUACACACACCUACUUUUUACGACUUCAUUCAAUUGUAGCAACAGAAAUAUAUUCCGUUUUUAAAUUAUAAUUCUCCUGUAAAGGCAAUCACCUUUGUUGACAAUCAUUUGAUUCCAGUGUUGUCAUCCUGCUUGUUUUUGUUUUUUUCUUGCUAUUGUCAACAUUUCGGUAAAUUUCGUCAUGCCAACACCCGCAUCCUGAUGAUGAAUUUGUACGUAGACUUCUAUGUAGGGUAUAUACUGUAUAUAAAAAGAAAAUGGGAUGACUGCAUUAGUUUUGGCUCAUUAAUUUAAAUCGUCCCUUUACUGGGAUUGAUGGGAGGUUUGGGCCAACGGCCGCCCUGUAGAUUGAGAGUGUUGUUUAUAUAGGAGUUAUUUUCCUGUCUAGAGUUAUUUUCUCUUGGUUGGGACGAGCACAGGUGUAGACAAGAAGAGGGCAGGUGUGUGUAUAUUUGUCAUACAGUAAGCCUGUGGCCGUGUGUGUGUGUGUGUGUGUGUGGAAAAUGAAUAUGGACCUUGGAGUGAGUGUGUUUUUGUGUGUGUGUGCACGGACCAGACCCAUAAGACCAUAUGUUGAUUAUUUCAUCUGUUCAUGUCUGUUUUCAUGGUGUGCUCCUCCUCCUGUGACAAAGCUUUUUUUGUUUCGUUUGGUUUUCAGUACCAAUUGCCUCUUUUUAGUGUUUGAGAACUUCAUUUCCACCAGUGAAAGAAACAAUUUCAGCUGCUGUGUUUUGACUUCUCUGUCUGGAUUUAGCCAACGACACCAGUACAACACAACACUGAAAUGUGAAGCUGGAAACAUCAUACACUACUAAACCACUAAAACAUUUAGACAUCCUGCUUCAAACCAUUCCUUUCUCUACUGUAAAAGAUUCACACUAUAGACACAACCUACUUUAUUCUUCAUUUAGAAAGAGACAAACACUUCAGGAGGGUCUUUUUAGAAUAAUUAUCUCCUCUUUGAAUCUUUAAGAAAUCACUACUUAGCUUUUUUUUUUUUUUUUUUUGCAAUAUAAUCGUUCAUAUAGGCCUUCUUGAUGGGCCGUUUUACAAAACAUUUAAAUAGUUUGAGUUUUAACAGACAGAUUGGGAAAAGAUACUGACGUUUAAUUUAAUUUAGGAGGUGGACGAAAAGCACAUUUUGGUCUAUGAUCCAUUUGUUUUUAUUAUUCUUUGUUGUAUUUUUUCCACUUUGUGUCAGGUUUGUUUGUAUUUUAUUUCGGGUUUGUAUGUAUGGGAGCGGUGGGUGAGAGCAUUAUGCAAUUUGUUUAACUUUUUAGUCCCAGUUUUAUUCAUGACGGUUGUUUUUAAGGCAAAAGAGACCAAUCAUCUUUGUUUUUGUUUUUUUUUUUUACUCUCCACACACAGUAUAUUUGUAAUGUUGCCUAUCCAUGUAAAAUUAUGAUGUACCAUUCAUACCUGCCUUGGCUCUGAGAAGUUGCUUUUUUCAGUAAAGUAUGUAACUGGUAAUACUGUUGUUUUUAUAAAUAAAGAUCUUUUCUUAGACCAGA